UUGCACAUAGCCGUCGGUCUCCUAUUAUUGCUGUGAUCAGAAAUAACGCAGAAUUUGUGAUCCUGCCUUCAAUUCUUCUCCCUCUUGGGAGCUGGAUGCUAAAAUUCGCCGAUUGCUUCCUGGUCCCUUGUCCUGUUUUUGUUUCCUGCCACCCUUGCAUUUCAUCAAUUCCAACAGGCUUUUUCUCCCUCUUCUUCCACUCACUGUACACUUCUGAUUCCAUUCAAUACUGCCACUUCCUUGCAAAGCCGACCUGACACUGCACAAAGAACAGAGAUACACCUUAUAAUGAAAGCCCACGAUCCCUUGCAGCCCAGCAGCGGUAGCCAGGUAACUGCUCUGGUCGGUGGCUGCACCUUGGCAUUCAGCACACGGCGCGGAUACCAGAUCCAGUGCUAUUGUAUGAAGCUCCUCGAUCCAAAGUACAUAGCGAGCCAUGCACCUGCCUGCUUCUACUGUCUGGUGGAAGUAGCACGCCUGGCGAAUCCCACUUGCCCAUUGUCGACAAUUAGCGAUGAUUCUGAGGAAGGGGGCCAGGUCAUGGGUUAUGCGCCACCAAUGGGUCUGGGAUCCAGCUUGCAUACUGUGGGCGGCGCGGGCGACAUGAUAUUGGAUGAGUGCUAUGCCUUGAAGGCCGUCAAUCUGGCCAUAUACUUGCCAUUGGGCGUUCUGGUAUGCACUAGAUGUCGCGAGACUGUGUGCCCUGAGAACAUCUAUAAUCAUAUCAAGGAGAAACAUCCGUACCGGGGCCUGUCUUCUGGAGUCAGGCAAUACGCGCCGGAGAAGGGGGCACUGGCUAUUGCCUACCUGUUUCUGAACAGCAGGGCGAUCUUUCCGCCAGAGAAGUUGCGGGAAAGGGUGCGCAAGAUGCCAGUCCCAACCCUCCCAAUCCCGCAUAUCAAGACCCUUGGCGCUUGCUGCCAAUGUCUAGCCUGUGGAGAGGUGAUCUUCCCGCACACUGCUAGCCAUGACCAUCUACAGGCUUGCUCCAAGACUGUACACGCACAACUUUCUAAAUCACCUGGAACCACUCCUCGGCAGCCCACGCUGGCGCACUAUAGCGCAGCACAGCGCAUCAAUAUCACCGCCGACGAGCACAUGUAUAUGAUUGUCAGCAAGUCAAUAGCAAAGGAAUCUGCAGUGCAGCUGGCCAAUUCUACUAAUGACCUGAAUAUUGCAUUGACAGCUGCACUAGAUGCGAUACAGCCCCGCAAAGAACCUGAGCAUGUCGCAUCACGCUUGCUGUCGGACAUUGAGCCGUCGAGUGAAUUCAGCACAUCUACGCUAGUCCCCCACCAGACCCCACCGCAAGUAGCACCAUCCCUGUCCGCUGCAACACCUCACCGGACUCCAGCAACCAGUGCCCAGCAUAUUUUUGAAAUUCCACGCAACCUAAUAGUUCCUGUAGACGAGCAGCUGCCGAUCGAGCAGGCCGUAGCCAAUGCACAACGCAUCCUGCACGAGGAGCUACUGCGCGGCCUGUCCGUGCAGCACACGGGCUUCACACUCACGCAGCGCAUUCUCGACGACACGUACUGCGUCGAUCCCGGCUACUCGUUUAUCGAUGACCGACGCAACGGCUUCCAGGACCACUCGACUGUUUUGUACACGCACCUGGAAGCGACCGGGUAUUUUACUGCAAACACACUUACCACAGCCAGAGAUUGGCUGGGGUUCGCCGGCGCUUUCAUCGACGAGCUGCACAAUAGCAUACGUGGCAUCUCCACAUCAGUGAUCCCCGACAUGGCGCUUGCGAACUUGCGCAUCCGCAAUGCCAACGGCAUUAAGCGCAACUUGUUUUACUCUAUGCAGUCUGCUGAGCUGAGAUUCUGUGGAACCGGCGGUGUACAUCUGCCGUCAGUGUAUUUGCCGCCGCCACUGACCAAUCUGCUGCUUGUCUAUCUAGUGUUUGUACGUCCGGUGGAGCGUCGUAUGGCACUGGAGCUGACAAACGGUGCUGGCGGCUCCAGGGAGGGUGACUCGCAGGCGGCAUUUGAGGCAUAUUUAUUUGUCAGAGAUUCUCGACGCACCCUUAUCAUUCCAUGAUAUACUUGUGAAGCAUAAUAUAUUUC